AUGCUCUUACGCGUUAAGGUACCGUCGGCAGCGGUAUCCUCAUCGGGCUCGUCAUCAGCAACAGCACUAUGUGGCCCAAACUCUAUUACCACAACCAGCACCACAGCGACUGACCGUAGCGGUAGUCGUUCUGGAUCACCGCCGUCGCAAUUCAUGGGUCCCACUGCACCAAAUCACGGCGUGGCAGCUCCACAUCAGAAGAAUCUCGCACGCGUUCAAGCAACAGCUCCUCCAGUUCCAGUAGUGACUUGUUCUCCAUCUUCUUUGUCAACUCAGAGCGUAGCCCCACAGAUUGCAACAAUCGGCGCUACUGAGCAUACUGAUAGCAGCGCAGAGGUGCUCUCUGUUUUUGAAUGUCCUGUCUGUCUGGAAUACAUGCUUCCGCCAUAUCUACAGUGUCAAGCUGGUCACCUUGUUUGCGGUAAUUGUCGCCCAAAACUGCAGUGUUGUCCGACUUGCCGAGGACCAACACCCAGCGUUCGUAAUCUUGGUCUUGAAAAAAUAGCCAACACCGUACGCUUCCCUUGCAAAUUUGCCUCAUCCGGUUGUCCACUUUUCUUCUAUCACUUCGACAAAGUCGAGCACGAAGAAACUUGUGAAUGCCGCCCUUACAGUUGUCCUUGUCCUGGGGCUGCUUGUAAGUGGCAGGGAGCUUUGAAUGACGUCAUGGAUCACCUCAAGAAAGUACACAAAAGUAUCACCACUUUGCAAGGAGAGGAUAUCGUGUUCCUUGCAACGGAUAUCAAUUUACCUGGAGCUGUCGAUUGGGUCAUGAUGCAAAGUUGCUUUGGGUACAACUUCAUGCUUGUACUGGAAAAACAAGAGAAAUUCGACCAUGGGCAGCAAGUUUUCUAUGCAGUUGUGCAGCUUAUUGGUGCUAAAAAAGAAGCGGACAAUUUUAUGUAUCGGUAG